CCAACUUUAUCUCUCUGCCCACACAUAACAAGAGGAAAGGAGUCCUCGUCUUCUUCUCUUCUUCUUCUCCUUCUUCCUCUUCCGUUUUCGUCUUCUUCUUGCAAAAAUAUUUGUAACUGGAAUUAACAGUUCUGAGCAGGCAGGGCUGGAUAUACACGCUGUAAAACAACAAAUUUGGUCUGUUUUCUUGUGCUUUUGUGGGGUAAACUUUUCCUAUUUCUGGCUGGAUCGAUCUGCGAUAAGAUAGAGAGAUCGAUUUCUGAAUUGUGAUUCAUUGGAAAAGCAGUAUGACGCGCAAGUGUUCGCACUGCGGCCAUAACGGCCAUAACUCGAGGACUUGCCCUAAUCGGGACCGUGGUGGAGUGAAAUUGUUCGGCGUGAGGCUCACGGAUGGCCCGAUCAGGAAAAGUGCAAGUUUGGGGAAUCUGUUGAUGAUUAAUAAUAACCCUCCGUCGCCCUCUCCAUCCCCUUCUGCUUCUGCUUGUGUUGCUGCGGACCCCGCUGGUUAUUUGUCCGAUGGUCUUCUUCAUCCGUCCACCUCUUCUAUUUCUAGGGAGAGGAAGAAAGGUGUGCCAUGGACAGAGGAGGAGCAUAGAAUGUUUUUGCUAGGUUUGCGGAAACUAGGAAAAGGUGAUUGGAGAGGGAUCUCUCGGAACUUUGUGAUUACAAGAACACCUACACAGGUAGCAAGUCAUGCACAGAAGUAUUUCAUUCGACAGAGCAAUAUGACCAGAAGGAAAAGACGUUCCAGCCUCUUUGAUAUGAUAACAGAAGGGGACCAUGACAAUGCACUAGAAGUUUAUUCAAUGGUUACUACUGUUGAUCCUAUUUGUGAAGGUAGUGUACAGAACCAGCUCCUUCCUGGUGACCAAAAUUCCAUGCUUAAGCAAGACCCCAAUUUUGAACAUAACAAUUUGGGCAUGUUAUCAUCACGAUCAGCUUCGGAUCAAGAAUGUGAAACAGUUGAUUCAGCAAAUUCUACAGAAGUGCAAAAUCAGUUCCCCCAAGGUUCAGUACAAAUGGCUUGUAUUCCACCGGCAUAUCCCACUUUUGUGGGACAAUCCCUUCCUAUUCCAGUCCCUUUUUGGCCUGUUUUUAGGCCUAACCCAAAUGACCUGCCACCGAAUUCCAACAUUUUCAAACCUAGGGCAGAGGUUCCCAAGGCUCCGGUAAACAUUGAUGAGCUUACAGGCAUUUCACAACUGAGUAUUGGUGAACCAGCAGGUCCAAUUGAACCUUCAGCCUUGUCAUUGAAGCUUCUGUCUAAACCUUCUAGACAAUCUGCAUUUCAUACAAAUCCGUCACUCAACAACAGCAGUUUAAGUCCUAUCAAUCCCAUUCAUGUUGCUUAAGUCUUCAUCAAACAAAUGAAAUGCAGAGGGACUGGAUUCAUUUUGGGAUCACCGAUUUUUAUCAAAUGUAAAAAUCAAUUCAUUCUGUGGCAAGCAGGGUCCCUGGUACACCUCUUACCAGGUUGUAAACAUAUAUUGGCUUGAGGUGAGGCUGAUGCGGAAGGGAUCUUGAAUCUUGAAUCAGGAAAAGGGCUCGGACUUGGGAUCCUGAUUUUUGUAGCAAUGAGAUAGGUAUGCUGGGUGAUUAGGAGAUUUGCAUUUUACUUUGCAUGUUGAACACAACUACUGUUUUCAGGGGUUGAUCAGCAGCGAAGAAUGUGACACAAGCCAUCUUAGUCUUGAUUCAUUUAGUCUUUAGUAUCCUAUUGGGAGCUCACAAGUGUGAGGAGUUGCUUAUGUGGUAGUUGAGCUAAAGGGCAAUGACAAGUAUAAUGACUAUUCUUUAUUUUUUA